AGCCACCGAAGCAACUCUGUUGUGUUCUGUGGAAAAAAGAAAAACGGCGCAAAAUAAAUAAAUUUUUUGCAUCUGUACCAAAAGUUUUCCCCGUAAAUUUAAUAAAGCCACUUUCUAGCACACAAUGAGCUACGCCGCAGACGUCCUGAAUGCUGCCCACCUGGAGCUGCAUGGCGGUGGCGACGCAGAACUGCGCCGCCCCUUUGACCCGACCGCUCACGACUUGGAUGCCUCUUUCCGCCUGACACGUUUCGCCGAUCUGAAGGGACGUGGCUGCAAGGUGCCCCAGGAUGUACUCUCAAAGCUGGUGUCGGCUCUGCAGCAGGACUACUCUGCCCAGGACCAGGAGCCGCAGUUCCUAAACGUGGCUAUUCCCCGAAUCGGCAUCGGCCUAGAUUGCUCUGUGAUUCCUCUUCGACAUGGCGGGCUUUGCCUGGUGCAGACCACCGACUUCUUCUACCCGAUUGUCGACGAUCCAUACAUGAUGGGCAAGAUAGCCUGCGCCAACGUGCUCAGUGAUUUGUACGCGAUGGGCGUGACCGAUUGCGACAACAUGCUGAUGCUGCUGGCUGUGAGCACAAAGAUGACGGAGAAGGAGCGCGACGUGGUUAUCCCUCUGAUCAUGCGUGGCUUCAAGGACUCCGCCCUGGAGGCCGGAACCACGGUUACUGGAGGCCAGAGCGUGGUCAAUCCCUGGUGCACCAUUGGCGGCGUGGCCUCGACCAUCUGCCAGCCGAACGAGUACAUUGUGCCAGACAACGCUGUCGUUGGUGAUGUUUUGGUGUUGACCAAGCCCCUGGGCACCCAGGUGGCCGUCAAUGCUCACCAGUGGAUUGACCAGGCGGAACGCUGGAACCGCAUCAAGCUGGUUGUGUCCGAGGAGGAUGUGCGCAAGGCCUACCACAGGGCCAUGAACUCGAUGUCGCGCCUAAACCGCGUGGCAGCUCGGCUCAUGCACAAGUACAACGCCCACGGUGCCACCGACAUAACCGGCUUCGGUCUCCUGGGUCAUGCCCAGACAUUAGCGGCUCACCAAAAGAAGGACGUCUCCUUCGUUAUUCAUAAUCUUCCAGUGAUCGCCAAGAUGGCGGCCGUGGCCAAGGCCUGCGGCAAUAUGUUCCAGCUGCUGCAGGGCCAUUCGGCCGAGACUUCUGGCGGUCUGCUGAUCUGCUUGCCGCGCGAACAGGCCGCCGCCUACUGCAAGGACAUCGAGAAGCAGGAGGGCUACCAGGCCUGGAUCAUUGGCAUUGUCGAGAAGGGCAACAAGACCGCCCGCAUCAUCGACAAGCCCCGCGUCAUCGAGGUGCCCGCCAAGGAUUAGAUGUUUAUUUUUUAUUAUAUGUACGGUAUCUUAACGUAACUGCCCCUCAGUUGUAGUUGCCACUCACUCUCCGAGUGGCAUCGGGUCUUUGUUUUUAUGGAAAAGCUUACAGAUUUAAUGGACUUCGCAUACCGCAAUACGACUGUAUAAAAUAAAAUACUUGACGAUUGUGUCAAGUAAAUGCAGCAAAGAAAA